ACGACGACGACGACGACGACGACGACGACGACGACGACAACGACGACGACGACGACGACGACGACUACGACUACGAGGAGACUAUCGCUCGCAAAUCGCGAGAAUCGAACCGUCCGUAGUCGGUGUCGCGUGCUGAACGAGAUAAUACACGGAUACUCGCGACGCGGACGUAAGCACGGUGUGAAGAUAAAUUUUCACAAGAGACAUGAGUUACCCGAUGUCAUCAAAUCAGACUAGACCAAUGUCGCAAGGAAAUUAUCAGGGCCCGGGCGACCUGCCCAUGGGCUCUGCCAAGGAACAAACCCUGAUGUGGCAACAGAACUCCUACAUGAAUGACUCAGGUAUUCAUUCUGGUGCAGUCACUCAAGCACCAUCCCUGUCUGGCAAGGAGGAUGAGGAAAUGGAAGGAGAUCAGCUCAUGUUUGAUCUGGAUCAAGGGUUUGCUCAGGGUUUCACACAAGAUCAAGUUGAUGAGAUGAAUCAGCAGCUGAGUCACACUCGAUCCCAACGUGUACGCGCUGCUAUGUUUCCCGAAACGCUGGAGGAAGGUGUAGAGAUACCUUCCACACAAUUUGAUCCUGCACAACCUACCGCUGUACAGAGAUUGGCCGAGCCGAGUCAAAUGCUGAAGCAUGCUGUUGUCAACUUAAUUAAUUAUCAGGAUGAUGCUGAUCUUGCCACACGCGCUAUUCCGGAAUUAAUUAAAUUGUUGAAUGAUGAGGAUCAAGUAGUCGUUUCUCAAGCAGCUAUGAUGGUACACCAAUUGUCUAAGAAAGAGGCCUCUCGCCAUGCUAUUAUGAACAGCUCGCAAAUGGUAGCUGCUUUAGUACGCGCUAUCUCUAACAGCGAUGAUUUAGAAUCGACGAAGGCAGCAGUUGGUACUCUUCACAAUUUAUCACAUCAUCGACAAGGCUUGCUAGCUAUUUUCAAGAGUGGCGGCAUUCCCGCACUUGUAAAACUAUUGAGUUCCCCGGUAGAGUCUGUUCUUUUCUAUGCAAUAACAACGCUCCACAACUUAUUGCUUCACCAAGAUGGCUCUAAGAUGGCCGUACGUCUUGCCGGUGGUUUGCAAAAAAUGGUUGCUCUACUACAACGGAACAACGUCAAAUUUCUGGCCAUUGUCACUGAUUGUCUGCAAAUUUUGGCAUACGGAAAUCAGGAGAGUAAGCUAAUCAUUCUUGCUUCGCAAGGCCCGAUAGAGCUCGUGCGCAUUAUGCGCUCUUACGAUUACGAAAAACUAUUGUGGACUACUUCAAGAGUAUUAAAAGUAUUAUCUGUUUGCCCCAGUAAUAAACCCGCGAUUGUGGAGGCUGGUGGAAUGCAAGCACUUGCCAUGCAUCUUGCAAAUCCGAGUCAACGAUUAGUACAGAAUUGCUUGUGGACAUUACGUAAUUUAUCGGACGCUGGCACAAAAGUUGACGGGCUAGAUAACUUGCUGCAAAGUCUCGUGCUUGUUCUCGGGUCGACGGACGUGAACGUGGUCACAUGUGCCGCUGGUAUUUUAUCAAACUUGACCUGCAAUAAUCAGCGUAACAAAGUUGCAGUAUGUAAUUUUGGCGGUGUAGACGCUCUGGUUCGUACGAUUAUCAGUGCUGGCGAUCGAGAGGAAAUAACCGAACCAGCAGUGUGUGCUUUACGUCAUUUGACCUCACGUCAUGGUGAAGCGGAGAUGGCACAAAAUUCUGUUCGAUUAAAUUAUGGUAUUCAGGUUAUAGUAAAAUUACUCCAUCCACCGUCGCGUUGGCCGUUGGUAAAGGCUGUUAUCGGAUUGAUCCGCAAUUUGGCUCUUUGUCCUUCUAAUCACAUCCCGUUACGUGAUCAUGGCGCUAUACAUCAUCUCGUAAGACUUUUGAUGCGUGCAUUCCAGGAUACGCAACGAGUAAGUAUAUAAUUCUAUACAUAUUAGAUAUA